CACCGUAGUUCAUUCCACUUCUGUGACUCGUGAAAAUUGUCGUAUUAACAUUGAAUAUUUCGUAUUGUAGUUUUUAAAUAUUCCGUGUUCCACUCGACGGCGAACUGUGUACAAUGGCACUCAUAACUGGUUAUUGGGGCCUGGAUGGCAUGAUAAUUCUUAUGACUCUCAUGAUAACCGCUUACCUCUACAUGACACGCAAAUUCAAGUACUGGAAGAAGAGAGGCAUUUUGCAAAUAACACCUACGCCUUUCUUCGGCAAUUUCAAAGAGUGUCUAUUUCUGAAAAAAGCCCCCGCAUAUUUCCUAAAAGAUAUCUAUGAAGAAACAAAGGAACCUUAUGUGGGCUUCUACGUAUUGGACAAACCUUUCUUGCUGAUACGCGAUCGAGAAAUCGUCAAGAACGUUUUAGUGAAAGAUUUCAAUUACUUCUCCGACCGAUACAUAUCGGCGGAUCCGAACGAUCGUAUAGGCUAUGCAAAUCUCUUCUUUAUAAGAAAUCCAACCUGGAAGGCGAUAAGAACGAAACUGACGCCAUUCUUCACGUCUGGCAAAAUGAAGAAAAUGUUCGACUUAAUGUUAGUAUGCGUAAAGAAUUUAGAUGAACAUCUAGACUCACUAAAAUUGGAAGGUAACGGAAAGACGAUAGAAGUGAGAGAUCUAACCGCUAGAUUUGCCACGGACAUAAUCGGCAGCACCGCAUACGGGCUCGACGUGAAUUCGUUCAAAGAUCCGGACGCAGAAUUCCGCAAAUACGGCAAAAUGAUAUUUCAAUAUGACGUUAUCCGCGGCAUUGAGAUGCUCGCGAUAUUUUUCCUUCCAACUAUAGUCCGUUUGGCACGAAUAAAGAUGUUCGGCAAACAGCCAACUGACUUUCUGCGUAAAGUGUUUUGGGAGACGCUCACUCAGCGCAUGAAAUCUGGCAUAAAGAGGAACGAUCUCAUCGAUAUCCUUAUCGAACUCAAAAAUAGUAACAGUGAUCAGGAUCUUAAAGAUUUCUCAUUCGAUGGCGAUGAUCUCUUAGCACAAGCAGCUAGUUUCUUUUCAGCUGGUUUUGAAACUUCUUCAACGACUACGGCCUUUGCGUUGUAUGAACUCGCGGUGCAACCCGAGAUUCAAAACACUCUGCGAAAAGAACUUCUCGAGGCAUUCGAGAAAUCUAAUGGAAAAAUCACAUACGACAUGGCAUGGUCAUUACCAUAUCUCGAUAUGGUAGUCUCAGAAACUUUGAGAAUGUACCCGCCAUUGGGAUACCUAAAUCGUGUGGCUAAUCAAACUUAUAAAAUGCCGGAGUACAAUCUCGUAAUUGAGAAGGGUACACCGGUUUACAUCUCGAUGCUUGGCCUACACUAUGAUCCGGAAUAUUUCCCCAAUCCCAAUAAAUUCGAUCCGGAGCGAUUUAACGAGGAGAACAAACGUAACAGACCGCCAUGCGUUUAUUUCCCAUUCGGAGAAGGCCCACAUGCAUGUAUAGGCAAUCGCUUCGGACUUCUGCAAGCAAAGUUAACACUGCUUAUGGUCUUGAGUAAAUACGAGGUAACACCGUGCGAGAAAACUUCGAUACCAGUGGAAAUUGAUCCAAAAGGAGCCAUGACAGUGCCGCUAAACGGUGUAAUAUAUCUUAAUUUCCGAAAAAUUAAUAAUGCUAUUUAAAUCAUGACAAAAUGCUUCUUUAGACGAAAGGUAUGUACUAUCAUUUUUUCGGAAGGACGCAAGCAGCAUUUUGAUAAGAAAUCUGUGAACAAAUGUAAAAAUUAAUAGAAAUAAAUACAUAUAAAUAAGUUGUACGUACU